AUGAACACUUUCCGUUGCAUGCGACCCUUGGCCGCUCGAGUGCCGUUUCAACGGUCUACUCUUCCCCGAGUUGCUCGAGCCUACAGCUCCAAAACCUUUGAGUAUAUCCAGGUCUCCCAACCUAAGCCUGGUGUUGGCCAAGUCACUUUGAACCGCCCCAAGGCCCUCAAUGCUCUCUGCACACCUCUUAUCAAGGAACUCAACGAGGCUCUCCUUGACUUUAAUGCGUCUGACGACACCACGGUCAUUAUUCUGACCGGUUCUCAAAAGGCUUUUGCUGCUGGUGCCGAUAUCAAGGAAAUGGCCCCUCUUACGUUUGCUGGGGCUUACACCAACUCCUUCAUCGAAUCGUGGUCGGACCUCACCACUCAGGUUAAGAAGCCCAUCAUCGCUGCAGUCUCUGGUCAUGCCCUUGGCGGCGGCUGUGAGCUGGCAAUGAUGUGCGAUCUCAUCUACUGUACCGAGAACGCCAACUUUGGCCAGCCCGAGAUCAAGCUUGGUACUGUCCCAGGCGCUGGUGGCAGUCAGCGCCUUACUCGUGCCAUCGGCAAGUCAAAGGCCAUGGAGCUCAUCCUGACCGGCAAGUCCUUCUCUGGCGUUGAUGCCGAGAAGUGGGGACUUGCUGCCAGGACGUUCCCUACACACGAGGUUUUGAUGGAGGAGACACUCAAGCUUGCUGAGACUAUCGCUGGGUACUCAAGGGUCGCUGUCCAAGCUGCCAAGGAGGUUGUCAACAAGAGCCAGGAUCUUCCUCUCCGAGACGGUGUUGAGUUUGAGCGACGGGUGUUCCACAGUCUGUUUGGCAGCCAGGACCAAAAGAUCGGCAUGAAGGCAUUCGCAGAGAAGAAGAAGGCCGAAUGGAGCCACUCAUAA